AUGCUGCCCCUGCUGGCGCUCUCUCUCCUGCUGGCACUGCCCGGCGCCAGCCCCAAGGAGUGCUUCUUCUGCGAGGUGACGUCCUCCCGCCACUGCCCUAGCACCCGUAUGAGCUGUGCCCAGGAUGAGGAUUGCUUCGUGGGGCACGGGGCCGCCCUGGGCGUCUCCCUCAUCCAGACCAAGGGCUGCACCCGGGCCAUCCGUUGCGGCAAGGAGCACCCCGUCACCCACAUGGGGGUGACCUACAGCCUGGUCACCGUGUGCUGCAAGGGCAGCCUGUGUAACGGGGCCGGCGCCCGCCUGCGAGGGCCCAGCCUGGGUCUGCAGCUGGCGCUGGGCAUGGCCGUCCUGCUGCAGGCGCUGUGA